AUGUCGGACAACAAGGGACCAGGCUACAUCAUGGGUAGCGAGACAAAUGGAACAGACAAGGUUGAUACCAUCAAUGCUUUGGUCACCGCAGACCAUGCAAAUCAAAUCAAACUUCGUACUAUGUCGUGGCAGAAGACAGCCUGCUUACUGGCUGGUGAGCAGGUUUGUCUGGCCAUUAUGGUACAGUCAUGGUCCCUCUCGUAUAUUAUGAAACAUCCUCUGAUCAUGGAUAUCUGUGACUUCGGAUACUAUGUAUUUGGACAAAGCAAAACUGCCUACAUAUUCUCCGCAUUUAUGAUGCUCUCGAACAACAUUCUUCUCGUCGGAUUUCACGUUUUGACUGGCGCGAAGGUUCUUAAUACCCUCUCAAAUCACUCAUUGUGCACUGCAGUUUUCUCAAUCAUUACGGCUCUUGUAGGAAUCCUCAUGUCCAUGCCCCGGACUUUACAACAUAUUAGCUUCAUGUCAAUGGUUUCAUCUGCCUGCAUGGGCAUCGCGAUCAUUCUCUUCCUCGUUUUUGCCCGUAUCGAAGACGGCCCUCUACACGGAUACAAAGGCGAUUACCCGACAGACGGACCGGUCAAAACAUAUGCAUUCCCUCUCCCAGGCACCACAUGGGUCGCCUGCCUAAACGCCGUGUUGAACAUCGCCUACCUCUGGGCCUCCCAAAUCCUGUUCCCAACAUUUAUCUCAGAGAUGGAAAGGCCUCAAGAUUUCCCCAAGGCAUUGGCUGUUCUCGCCGGGAUCUCCGCAAUCCUAUUCAUUGUCCCUUCGGCCAUUGGUCUAGGAGUGGUCUCAUACAAGAAGUCAUCUUUCGGAUUCGUGAUCGUCCCUACCCUGGUCAUCGGCGUGAUCUACGCCAACGUAACCGGUAAACUUAUCUACGCCCGCAUCCUCGGUAAGUCCCGACACUCGCACAGCCACACCGUAAUUGGAUGGAGUGUCUGGGUGGCAAUAAUGGUGGGAAUCUGGUAUGUAGUCGGGUUUGUUUUCGCAGAGAUCAUUCCUAGCAUGGGUGAUUUCCUCUCCCUACUCAGCGCAGCGUUCGACUCUUUCUUCGCCUUCAUUUACUUCGCCGUCGCAUAUUGGCGGUUAAACCGGGGUUCGCUUUUCAACAGCGUGGGGAAGACUGCUCUUACUCUGCUCAAUGUCCUUGUCAUGAUGGUUGGUCUGUUCUUGCUAGGUCCUGGGCUGUACGCAGCUGUUGAAGCGAUGAUUGCUGACUACUCGAGAUCCGUCACACCUGCCUUUACUUGCGCCAAUAUUGCAUUCUAA